UUGGGGCCGGGGCUCACGUGGCCGAAACGGGUCGUGGAGCCGCUCUGCCAGAGCACCGCGUCUUUGGAGCCUGUGGAGGUGUUAAGUGGCAUAUCCUGAGAGAAGAUGGGAAAGGGCUGCAAGGUUGUGGUUUGUGGCUUGUUAUCUGUGGGGAAAACGGCAAUUUUGGAGCAGCUUCUUUAUGGGAAUCAUACUAUUGGAAUGGAAGAUUGUGAAACAAUGGAAGAUGUAUAUAUGGCUUCAGUGGAAACAGAUCGGGGAGUAAAGGAACAGUUACAUCUUUAUGACACCAGAGGCUUACAGGAAGGUGUGGAGCUUCCAAAACAUUAUUUUUCAUUUGCUGAUGGCUUUGUUCUUGUGUACAGUGUGAAUAACCUUGAAUCCUUUCAAAGAGUAGAACUUCUGAAGAAAGAAAUUGAUAAGUUUAAAGACAAAAAGGAGGUGGCAAUUGUCGUAUUAGGAAACAAAAUUGACCUUUCUGAGCAGAGACAAGUGGAUGCUGAGGUGGCACAGCAAUGGGCAAGAAGUGAGAAAGUACGCCUGUGGGAGGUAACAGUUACAGAUCGGAGAACACUGAUUGAGCCAUUCACUCUCUUAGCCAGCAAACUUACCCAGCCCCAGAGCAAAUCAAGCUUUCCUUUGCCUGGGAGGAAAAACAAAGGGAACUCUAACUCGGAGAACUAAAAAAUCAGUAAUGCUACAACUGUUUGUUGAAUAGUGAUUGCCUUAGGUGUCCGUGAAUAUAUUUAAAACAGGCCAUUUGUAUUUACUUUGGUCCUUAGGAAACCGUUAAGGAAGUAAUUUAAGUAAUUUAAGGUACUCUAGGUUAUAAUUAAAUUAUUUGGACUAAGUUUAUUGCCUGAUACGAAAUAAUAUAUUUGCAUUGUCAUUGUUUGAAACUUGUCCCUGAACUUAGCACCUUUGCUAUUUAAAGUUCUGUUGCACUUGUCCAAACAGUAAAAUAAAGUUUGGGUAGUAUGCAGAUAUACCUGUGAGCAGUAGCUCCACAACCCCCAACUUGUUCCAGAAACCCAUUUUUCUGUAUAACUUUAUGCAAACUUAUUAGCUUAAAUAUAAUUUUGUUUUUAAGAAGUUCACUAAUCAUCUAAUGUCAUUUUUAGAUCACAACCAGUAAACAGUUUAGUUGUUAAACUAAAUUUUAUCUUAUGGAGACACUGCUGAAUAGAACAAAACCUAUGAUUUAACUUUGUUCAAAUUAAAUGUUUAGCAUGACUUGAGGUAGUAGGUGGUAUAAAUAUGUUCAAAGCGUUUGCUCUUUCUUUAGAAAACCGCUAAGCACUUAAGGGCACUAAAGCUUCCAUUUUCCACAAGUAUUACUAUGCCUUUUGCAGUAGUUUUCUGGAUACACAGUCAUGUGGAAUAAAACGUAUCAUAAAAAUAUUGGACUUAAGGUAGUCUUCAGGUUAGAUACCGGAGUUUGUGCUGUGGUAUUCUUUGAAGAUUUUGGCAAUAUCCCAACUGGCA